UUUUCACUUUGUCUCUCAUAGUUGAGGUAGAUACGAUGAAGUGACAUUUGUAUCACGUCACCAACACGAGUCAUAUAGCUGAGGAGUUAUUUCCUAAUAUUUACAUUUUUGUUAAAUUCCAUAAUGUUUAAAGCAUAAAAACGCACACAAACGCAUUUUCCCUUCUCUACCUUUGAGCCCUGCACCUCAAAAUCCUGUGCACGUCCCUGCACACAUGUUCAUGAAUGUCAAACUUCCAGCUGCAAACCAAGAACCUCCUGAUAUUCGGGAUCAGCAGACAUCUGUCCAGCCUCAGUUCCGAUCCUCCGCUGGAACAGCAGCGUCCUUCUGAACAGAUUCUUUGCUGACGUCAUUUGUUUGUUGUUUAUUCGGCUGGUUUCGUGCUUUCUUUAAUUACAAACGGUCUCGAUUGGAGUUUGAACAAAACGAAAUCAGAAAUUGAUCACGUGCGUCGUCUCCUGUGGCUCCCGGUUCAGAGGGGCGCGCGCGUGGACGGUGUCCGGAUCUGCCCGUGUUCAUCCGGGUCACUGGUUCCAGUGUGAGUCCCGGAUUGUGGGAGAAGUUUGCGAAGUUUCCCCCGCAGACCUGACAGGUGAGCGUCAUUUGCAGCUCCAACCCCCCCGCCUCCACCCUGAAGCCUUCAUAGCCCCCCCGCCCCCGCGCAAGGCGCCGUGAUCCGCCGCGCGCGCGCCAUGAACGGACCCGAGCUCAGUGAGCUCCCGGACGAGUCGGAGCGGCUGCAGCCGUACGUGUCCCGCCUGAGGCAGGCGGCGGAGCAGGCCGCCGGGGGCCCCGCCGGACCCCCCCUCUCAGACGGCUUCCUCAUCAGGUUUCUGCGCGCCAGAGAUUUUGACGUGGAGCUGUCUCUGAAGCUCCUGCUGAACUACCUGCGAUGGCGGCGGGACAGUCCUGAGAUCAGCAGCUGCCUGUCUCCCUCGUCCGUACUCGGCCUCCUCCACAUGUCCUACCACGCCGUCCUCCCCCAGCGGGACCACGCCGGCAGCAGAGUGCUCAUCUAUAGGAUCGGUCAGUGGAGCACCAAGGACUGGUCUGCAUAUCAGGUGUUCCGGGUCAGCCUGAUGACAUCAGAGAUCAUCUCCAUGGAGACAGAAACACAGAGGCGGGGCUUGAAGGCGAUAUUUGACCUGCAGGGGUGGAGCUUAGGCCACGCCCUUCAAAUUAACCCCUCCCUUGCCAAAAAAAUUUCUUGUGUUUUGUCGGAUUCUUUUCCACUGAAGGUUCGGGGAAUUCAUCUGGUCAACGAGCCCAGGUUCUUCCGUCCAGUCUUUGCGAUGAUCCGCCCCUUCCUGCCUGAUAAGAUCAAGCAGAGGAUCCACAUGCACGGCACAGACUUCCACAGCGCUUUGAGCCACUUCUUCCACCCCCACGUCCUGCCUCCAGAGUACGGCGGACAGGGACCAGGAAUAGAGAAGGCCUGCCAGGAUUGGACCAACCAGCUGCUCCAGUUCGAGCACAUCCUGUCACAGAUCGCUGCACACCCAACAGGUGACAUCUCCUCCUGUCCAGAUGAACCCUUGAUCGAAAAGGAGGUCAAUCCUGAAUGAACCCCCAGUGAAAGAUACCUCAACCCCCCCUCCCAUGUUGUGCUCUGUUAGAGCACGGCUGACACAAAGACCUUCUGCUGCUCCCUCCUCCUGCUUAUUUCAACCUGACCAAAGGAUAAGCUGGAAAGCAAAAACUAUGGUGGCCCUUUAGACUUUCUCAGGAGCAGCAGUGUGCCUGGAGGCUCCGCGCUGAGGUUCAGCCUGCGCUCCACGACAACGAGGUGCUGGUCCUGAUCACUGUCAGCGCUGAGGACAGUUACAGGUUUAUCCAGGACGGUUCACAGAUACUGCAAGACCUUCAAAAGCUUUGAGGAAGGUUUGACAUCUUCAUGAAAAGUGCUAAGAAGUGUUUCUGUGUUGUUCAGGUCACAACUGAUGAGCAAUGAAAGAAACAUCAAAGCCAACAUAACUAAUGAUGAUUCUAAGUAUUCUCUUAUUUUAAGAAGUAAAUACUGUCAGAGUCUUAAUUAGUUUAUUUCCAAAAAAGGCCUAACGAGCCUCAUUAAACCUUUAUUAUAAGAAUGUAUUGAACAUACCUGUGAGCAUUAACUGUAUAAAAGAACUGGACGUCACCCAUAGAAAAUGUCUUACCUCUGGCUCCAACGAUAUGAAGCCAAUUCCCAAUAUGGAUGCCACUAUGAAGCCAGACGACUUCAAUAAGCAGCGAUUGGUCCGAGUCAGUCAUGUUUCUAUGGCAACUACUGUCACUAAUUGGGAGUGAGAUUGUUUGGAAGCCACACCCCUUCCACUGAAAGCGGCUCUGGAGAAUAAUUUAAAUUAAUUGGUUGAGGUGGGGGCCACAUACCUUUACUGAGGCAUCUGAUUGGUCAGUUUAUAACUUAAAUAUCAAUAAUAUAGCAAUAAUAAUAAUGUGAAAAAAAUAUAUUAAAAUAGAAUUAGCAGAAAGGUGUUAAAAGGAAGUAUCAGAGCAAGAAUGGUUGUUCAGACACAUGUAAUGACUGAGUAACAGCUGUCUAUUUCUCUGUAGAAGUCUACGGGAUUCUUGGCUUCUUGGAGCCAGUGGGUAUACUUUCUGUUUUUCAAGCCUGUCUCAGUUGGAUUUCAAUAAUGUAUAGAUAAGGGACCAAGAAAAUAGUGAAAUUCUGUGUCUGGAGCCUGAAACUAGGAAACCUCAUACAGGAAGACCCCUUACAGUCUCACUCUGAUGAAAAUCCUGGUUUUUGAGUUUUUAACAUGUAUGUGUGACAUUUUUCUUAUGAAAGAGAAAAAAUAUAAAAAUAAAUCAGUUUGUUUUUUCA